AUGGUGCCGGAGGAAGUAAACCAAUUUCCGAAGAUUGAUGAGUUCGAUUUCUGCCUGGUGGUCCCAUUAAGUUCCGAGGGUGCGGAGCCAAGCUCUUCUAAUCCGACGUUGAAGUAAGUUAUCUUCUUAAAAAAUGGGCCAAAUUUGGAUAUUUGAAUGUUUUCGUUGUGAGACAAUUUUUUUGAAAAAGCUUAUAGAAUUGGUCAAAAAUCGCCGAAAAAAUGUUGUUUCUGGUAGGGAUAGUUAAAUUGAGAUCUAAUUUAUACAACUUUUACUUUUAAAUUAAUUAUUUGCAUAUUAAAAUCACAAGUUUUGGUCCCACCACGAAAAUCUGAAUUUAUCAAAAAUCGGCUGGAAAUUGAUAAAUAAGAAGUCCCCAUAACCAAUAUGAUUUUUUUGAUAUAAAAUUUGGUAAUUUACACUUCAAAUUUUACAAUUUUUUGGUCUCACCACGAAAACCUGAUUUUAUAAGAAAUCAAUUUUAGCAAAAACAAUUCCGUGGAGAGAGCUCCCUUCGACCAAGUCCAUCUAAAAUUAGAAGGCAUUUCGACUGUAAAUGGAGCCAAAAUCCAAUUUCGAUGGAACAAUUUCAACGUUCCGGCUAACGUCAACUUUUAUAUCACUGUAAAAACAUGGCUACAGGAUGGACAGAGUGACAAGAAAUUUUGUGAAGUCGGUACGUGAACUUUUGAUCUAUAUUAUUUAAAAAUAGAAAGAGUAAUGGGAACAUCUGUUUUGACAUAUGGGAUAUUAUUUUAUAUUAUCCUUGUCGGCGGCGUUCUUUUUCAAGAGUGUUAUGUUUGUUUUCCCAAAAAUUUUCUAUCGGGUUUAAGUGAACGGCAUUGAGAAUGACUUAAUGGAAGGCUUGGAGGGCAAAGAAAUGACUCUAAUGCAAAAUUUGAGAGAAAAAAGUUUUCGUGGCGGGACCCGGAGGUCAUAAUAAAGUAGGCCGAAUUUACGGAUUGAGAAGUAGUGUAGACAAUUUUGGCCCUUCGUUCACUUUUAAGCUUUAAAAAGAAAAAUAAAGUGCGGCAAUUUGAGAAACAGUUCGGAUAAUUUUGGGUCCCGACACGAAAACAUUUUUGACUGAAUUUCGGGCCGAUUUGAUAAAAUUCUGAUUGGAAAUCGCUUCACUAGGCGUUUUUAAGACAUUUGAAAUAUGUUUAGGCAAGUAAAUUAAAGAAACAACACACUGAAGGCUUAAAAACUGUCUCUAAAGUCAAGUAUAAAUAUAAAUAAUCUCUAAAAAAUAAAAUCCUACAAAUGUCAUCAAAAGAACAAAAAAAAUUCAGAGAAGUCUCGAGUCCUCAACGAGACCAUUCGAUUUUCCAUUGAUCUGGUUGACAACGAAGAAUUCCUCAAAAAUUGCGACGACUUUGUUUGUGUGUUCGGACAUAUCGUCAUCCGCCAAUCGUUGAGAGAUGCCCAAGCAAGGGUGCCAUCGGUCGAGCGAAAUCAACCAAGAAUAAUUUGUGCGCAGCUUACGAGAAUGCUGCAAUCUCAGGCCUUUACGGAUUGUGAGAUACGAUCGGAUGGGGAGGUGUUCAGAGUGAGUAUUUUUUGAUGUCUUUACCGAUUUUUCAAGUUUUGGUUGUGGGUCCCACCAAGAAGAUUUGUAAUGUCCCAAAUUUAGGUUAGAAUCAUCGGAAAAAGGGUGACAUAUAGUCUCAAUGGUCUUAGAUACUAGUAAAACAUUUUUUACAGUAUUAAAAAGUUUUGCGGGUCCCACCACGAAAACCUGAAAUUUCAAUCUUCACCUCGGUACAUCGGAAUUACGAGUUUUGUAGCUUAUUGUUGUAGAAGUUGCAUUUUUCUACAUUUACGAACCGAAAUAAUAUGAUUGGUUCGAUGAAAAAUAAACUCGGUAAUAAUCCUAAAAUUCCAAUUUCAGGCGCACAAAUUGAUCCUAGCCGCCAGUUCAAAGGUGUUCGAGCGAAUGCUGAGUGGGCCAUUCGCCGAUGCCAAGAGCUCAAUUAUUGAUCUGGAGGAUGUGCGGGGCAAUGUUGUUGAAGCCAUGUUGUCAUUCUUAUAUACGGGUUCAAUUGCUCAAUUUGACGAUGUUGGAAGGGAGUUGCUUUACUUGGCCGAUCAGUAUCAUAUUCAGGUUUGUUUUGGUGGAAAUUUGGAAUGGUUGGGGUGGAUUUUGAAAAUAUUAAAAAAUAUGUCAUGAUGACUAAAAAAAUUGAAAAUUAGAAGGACUAAAAUUUUUGACGGUUUUAUUUUGAGCCAUGAAUAAAAUUACGCUCAGUUUUUUUGAAAUUUUCAGUACGUAAAGAUAAGUCAUCAUUACCGAUUUUUUUGUAAAUUUUGGUAAAUCUACUGUCAGUUUUAGGUCACAAGGGAUGAAAAAAACGUAUUUUACACCUUAUAAGAUUGUUGACUUCUCAAAAGGAUGAAAAAAAAUGUGUCAUCAUGACGGAUUUUUUGGAAUUUUUGAAAAAUCUUUCAAAUUUUCAAUUUUUGUGUUAAAGAUGACUAGUAGUAGCCCCGUAUUUUAAAACACUCUAAAAAAUUUUUACACUCUAAUUUUACCAAAUUUUUUCAGAAUCUCCUCGAUUUUUGCACGAUUAAAUUAAUGUCCUCGAUGACAUGCGAAUUGGCUUGUGACAUUCUCACCGGACACCCUUCAAUUAUGCAUCUGAAGGCGUUCAAAGCCGGAAUAAUCGAGUUCCUCAUCGACCAUCACAAAGAGUUUAUCCAGACCAAAGGAUGGAAGGACCUGGCCGCUUCCUCGAACGUCGCGCUGCUUACAGAGUUGUUCAAAGGCUUUGGAGAUCAUGUCGACCGGAAUAUCUAUUGA